GGAGAUUAAGAUGGGUGAAUUAGUGGAUGGUGGAGAAAUGUUCAAGCGAAUAUUUGUGAUGUUUGCAUUCUUUGUUUUCUUAGCUCCUAUAGCUAAUAGGACUGUUGAUUUGGAUUUAGUUAAAGUUCUUGAGGAUGUAGAUGAAAUAAAGAAUCUUGAUUGGAGUGAAUAUGUCCAUGAGAGACUUUGUCGAGCUAUUAGGAAGUAUAAAACUUCAGGCUGCCUGGGUAAUGUUGGUGGUUGCGUAUGGGUUUUACAAUUUGUCUAUUUCCAUCGCCUUCAAUUUAGGGGCAUUGCAGAGAGUUGUAGUCUUCCGUUGAUGAAGCAUUGGUUUGGUACCAAAAUUCACGAAAGGCUUGUUUUGGAAAAGGAUUCAACUUGCUUUGGUAGUGGUAUAUUAAAUACGGUGACCUACCCUGUUUGUCAAAAGUUGGGUUUUGAAGAUGGUUUUGCCAAGAUUUGUGGUAGGGAUACAUGCGAUAAUGAUGCUGCCAAUGAUGAUGAGAACCAUAUACGGUUCAUCAUUCCUGAUGGUCAAUUGUCAAAUUCAGUAAUUCAAUCAAUUGCAACUGAUGCAAUCCAUGCGGAGUAUUUGAGAAUGAAGAGGAACUUGGAAAUUGUUUCAAAUUUCCAUUUGAAACAACUUGAAGCUAAAUUAGCAGUGAAACGCCGCUCAUCUCCAUUGCUAUCGGAUGAUGAUUUGGAUCCAAGGUAUUAUGCCAUGAUGCAAGAAUUGGCUGAGAUGGUACUUUCAGUUCAGUCUAUGCCAGGAGGUUUGGAGAAUAUAACUUGUGAUGCAAAACCUUCUGCUAUACCUCGAGAUGUUAGUCCAAAUGAAAAGAUUCAAGAAGUUCUUCAUCAAAUUAAUGUCAACGAAAUCGGUAACGAGACUGCUGUACAGUGUGAUGAACCUCGUAUUGUUGAUGCUAUCACUGAUCCAACUCAGCAGACCAAUGCAGGCGCAACUCUGGAGGUUAUGUACAACCAAACUUAUCUGAGCAUCCGGUUGCACCUCUUCCAAGUGUUGAACCUCUUCCAAGUGUUGCCCCUCUUUCAAGUCAUGAAACUGCUUCAAAAGAAUUAAAAUUUUACAAUCCAACCGUUGGUUAUCAUUCCAUUAUUCACUCUUCUUUCUGUAAUGGCAAGCCUAAAGUCGGAAUUCCAUGUGGUAAGGUUAACGUUGAACCAUUCCUUGUCGGACAUUUCAUGCGUUUUUACAAGAGGAACAUGAAACGUAUGCCUGAGUUGUAUAAAGAAGUUGCUGAUUAUUGCCUUCUGGAUGAUCCUGUCGUAGUGGAUGCAGAGAAAUUCUGGAACUUCUUUGGCAAGAUUCAACUAACGAGGCUGCUAUGGAUCAGCUUCUAGUUUGUUGGAAAGUGUGGACUGAUAUUCACAACUCUGGCUUUGACAUCACCUGUGUUGAACUGGUUUUUGUUCCUGUUUUUCGAGAAAGCCACUUUUUCCUAUCUGUGUUGAAUUUGAAAACCAAAACAAUGCAACACGUGGACAAUCUUGUGUAUAAUGAAGCUCAAAUCAUUGACUUGGAAUUUUUUUCAACAACUCUGUGUGAUCUCCUGGGUAGUUUCCUUGAUGAGAAAGGCCAUAAUCAUGAAGGUGAUAUUGGAACGUUCGCCAUCGAGGAGGUUGAGUUUGAUUGGAAGACUCCCAAAGGUUCUGACCUUGAUUGUGGAGUUUAUACGAUGAUAAUUGAAGGGAUCAAAUGUAGUUAUCCUGAUUUGAAAGAGCAUCUUCAGUAUUUGAAAGAUUUAAUGAUGCCAGAAGUUCAUCAACCAGAGACACACUAGCGGCAUAACCAUCCUCCAUAAGGGUUCUUGUCUCCUCAUUUGACUGGCUUUUCAAGACGAGGUUGUAGUAUUUCCUAGCCAUGGUUUGGCGCCAAGGUGUAUACUGCACCUCUUCCGGAUUUUCAUUUUCUAAUUUGUUCCAAACCGAUGACUUGCCAGAGUUUGUCCACCUCUUUUUGAUGUACUGUUUUGGAAUCUGGUUAACCAAAUGAAGGUGCAAUAUCCUAAUGCAGUGGUAGCACAACCAUCCCGAAGCUUCAAAGUUUUUACACGUACAUGAUACUGUCUGGCUCUCGUGGAUGUAUGUUACUCUCUGUGCAGACCAAGGUUCUUCAUCAAUGGACACAACAUAGAACUGAGUAUUACCUGCAUUAGUAGUAGUAUAUUGUAAAGUUAGGAAAAUCAAUAUAAAAGUUAGCACCGGUGUACUUAAAGUUAUGAAACUUAAUU